CCAAGAUGGACGCGAUAGGCCGCAGCCUGCUGCAGGCGCUAGGGCGACUGAAGCACAUGGGAGCCAUCCAGGUGACGCAGUCGGCGCUGUUGACCGUCUCCCGGGCCUUGUUGCUCUCCUCCGACCCGGAGCUAUCCCGCCUGCCCGAUCAGUGGAUGCAAUCCCUUCUGGACAGGCUGCGCCAUCCCCGGGUGCAUUUCGUCCUGCGCCGCUCUGCAGGGCUGGCCUCCGGCUUCCUGGGCGUAGUGGGCGCGGAACCGACUAAUCGCCCCCCUAUCCUUCUGCCCGCGCUGAUGGGAGAACUCCUUCGCCUUGCAGCACCCCUUCAGAAGAGCGCAUGCCUCGGCACCAUGUCGGGUCACGGGCUGCCGUCUGACGACUGGCGCACGCGCAUUCACGCCCUGAACGUGCUCCGGCUGCUCCUUCUGGACGGGGGCCCUUCUCGCGACGUGGCGCAAGCCUUCAUGGCCCCGGCAAUGGAGGUGGUUCUUGUCGCUUUUCGCGAUGCGCGCUGGGCGAUUCGAAACUCUGCAUUGAUGGUCUUCGGCGCGCUGAUCAACUCCGUCGUGGGUAGCGGCAAGAAUAGUUUGGGGGCGGCGGGUUGCGGGGAAGGGGCUGGCGGCCGAAGGGAAGGGCCAGCGACGAGACCCUCGGGGCCGUCGAGUGCCCACGACUUCUUGAGGCGGCACCCAGACUUUUUGUUCAUAGUGGCGGGGGAACUCAACAGGAGCAUUGGACGGGGCGCAGACAGGGAAGGAAACCCUAUGCUCGCGGCCGCCUUGUCGAACCUGACCGCCAUCCACGUCGCGGCCCUGUUGCCCCCCCAGAUGAGGAGAGAUGGCGCUCAGACGUCGCCUUGCCUCUUUCCCCUUAUCUUGCUCCUGUCUCGUCUGCGGCCCCCUUCCGAACACGUUGCAGAAAACGAAACUAGUGGAGCUUUGGACGAGUCGUUGAAGCAAUGCCUCCCCUCCGUCGUCCGAUGCGCAUGCUUGCCCGAUGGACUCAUGCGUCUGACGGCGGCGCGUGCCUUCGCUUCUUUGGUGGGCCCCGUUCGCGCGGCCGCGGUGGUGCUUGCUCUCCUCUCUGCGCUCCCUCCCUCAUGCGGUGCUGCGCAUCCCGCGCUCGACCCAGCUUUUAGAGGAGCCAGCCAUGAAUAUUACAAUACCCUUCACGGCAUCCUGCUCAUGAUCAAUUCACUCUUGCGAAGCGUUCCUCAGGCUGUGUGUCGCCUGCGUCAUGACGAUGGAGGCGAGGUCCUAGGCAGUCUGCCCCACUUCCUUCCGCUUUGCUCGGAUUCAGGUCUAAGCCUCGUCGAAGAGAGACGUUGGUUGACGGGCCCAGGAAUGACCUGUCCGCCCGUCCGUGAGGAAGCUUUGCAAAUGUUUCUGUACAUUAACCAUCUCUUGGAGAGUUUGGAACCGGCGCAAGCACCCAUUGCAGCAUCGGAACGGUCAGCCGCACAAGUAUUUCGGCACACGCAUAGACACCCGUUACAUGCGGCAGGCGAUGGGGUUAUUUCCACGACUCCUCAACAUCGACGGUCUGGGCCGAGAGAGGGAGCGCGGUCCGUGAAGUCUUUGCGCGGGGUCAUUCAGGCAUCCGUGAAAGAUUUACUGGACUUGAUCGAGGCAGGUGCCUCGCUCGACAAACCGCUGCCAGGGUUCGCUAGCCUCAUCGCCUGGACCACGCGCUGGAGCCUUCCCCUCUCCUUGUCGUGUGAGAGCCUCGAAUCUAGAACGCCUUGCAUGCUGGAGAAGGUUCUCGCAACCUGGCUGCGUCACCGCAUAGUCGAGGUCCGUCGAGAGGCCCUCCGCGUCCUUCUCUUCCUUCUGAACCGGCGAGCGGACCUUGGGGACGGACAAACCCAGGAGGACGGGGCGGCCGACGACAAGUUUCUGGAGCAGACACUGCGCGUGGCCUGCAGAGAGCCGUGUGACGCUCUCUGGCAGGAAGUUAAAGUGGCCUUGGUGGCGCAGGUGCAAGAACGCGAGCGAAACCCGAGCCUGCUCAAAGGCCAGAUGGAGGCCCUCUGUUCCCUCUUUGGAGAGAAGAGGCGCACGCGCUCUUCCUCCCUUCCGCUAGCGGAGUCGUGCGCGCAUGUUUCAGAAGGAGAUGUCCGUGUUUUGGCUCAGAAUGCGGCAACGCGCGAUCUUGAAACGUCUGGGGAGCUUUUGUGCUGUAUCUCUCGGCACGAGCCCCAGGCUUUUUCGUCCGUCUGUUUGGCCUCAGGGGGGGGAGGUGGCAUUCUUGCGCGGAAACUGGAGUUGAUGGGCCAUGUGGUUGGUGAAGAGGUCAGGAGAGCGCAGCAGUAUGAGCUGGAUCGCAACACGGUGAAGAUUUCGUAUGAUCGAGGCCUUAAGAAUGUUGAGGAAUGGAUGUGUCUCAUUGAAAGCGCUGCUUUGCCUACACAGACCUCAGCCAUGCGCCAGGCGGCUCUGAGCUCUCUUCGGGCCUCGGGUCUGGGCAUCCUUCCAGAGAGCUCGGACGCCCCCCACUUCGGCCCUUUCCUUGUCCGAGCGCUCUUCGCGGUCUCUGUGCUGGCCCAGGACGACGAGGAUGCGAUCCGCGAGGGGGCGCGGAGCGUCUUGGAGGCAGCUGUUGCGGGGAAGCGACUGGCGAGGUCGGCUGCCCCAAUUGGUCCUACGAGUUCAGCGACCCCCUGCCUGGACCCUCUCAUCGGCUACAAGCUCUCCCAGUUGGCUCGGUGCAGCCAAGGCGUCGCCGAGGAGUGGGGCCGGGCCGUCGUCCGCGUGGUGAUCCUGCGGAUCCGAGGGCUGGAAGCGGUGCUCAGAAUCUCGGUGACAUCCCCUCAUUUGGGCCUCUCUCAACAAAUAUUUCGGCCGGAGCCCGACAACGUCUUCGAGGAGCCAGCCCUGGUCAGUUACUGGGCUGUUCGCUCGCUCAUAGUGUCAUUGGCAGAAAUAGAGGAGCCGAGCUCGUUCUACGAGGUGGGCGUAGGACCGGAGGGGCAGGGGGGUGGGAAAGGGGGCUGCUCCACUUCGUUGCCUACAGGCUGGUUUGAGAAUGCGGAAUUGGCUGAGCUGGACGCGCUCUGGGAGCACGCGGGGCUGGUCACUGAGGCCUUUGAGUCCUCCGCCUGGCCUGGAGGCCUGACUUACCAUCCCGACGUCUUCGCUACGCUCUUCGUGGCUGCGCUCGGACAGCUACUCAUCACAGUCCUUGCGCCGGUCUCUGGAGAAAUGGAGGAUCGCAGAACUCUCUGGAAGCGUCUCCAGGAAGUGGGAGAAUCUCACCCGCUCAUGGCAUGGGCGCUGUCGAGUCUGCAGGCGGUUACCGGUAAGGAGGAGCCCAAAACGGUCCAAGCACGUGCGAAAAUGGUGUUGGAUGCAGUGAAUUGGACGGUGGUGGACAAAUACACGCCUUUCGCCAGGCCCGGUCUGGAGACGGACACCUUCCUUUCUGUACAGAGGGCGACUUGGGAAAAAGCAAUGUAAAAAGUCUACAAAUAGCCGCCCUUU